GAGAAAAGUGGAUAGAUCUGCCAAACUGAAUUCUGGAUCAGAUCACCAGGUAUCAGUAUUUCAGGACAAAUCUUAUACUUUCCAGAAUACUAAGAAGAGAGAUAAUGUUGUCUUGGGAUCAGGACUAGAAGAGAGCAAGACAGGAUAUAACAAUUCUGAUACCUUGCCAGCAAUUUCAAUUGGAAUUGCAAACUCAAAACGUCCCAGGAGGAAUUUUAGGCAAAAGAAGUGGAUGCCAAAAGAGAGCUCCAAUGGUUCUCUUCUUUCUGGUGAAAAGGUUGAUCAAUAUUGUUGGCCUGCUCAAGAGAAACUUACCACUGGUCAAUCAUCUGUCCCUUCAGGUGCAUCUCUGAGAGAGACUCAGUUGCCAACAAAGGACUGUCAAGGAAUGCCAUCAUCAAGUAUUUCAAGUGAUGAAGUAAGGUUUAUAGGGCAGAAUGGAGAUAAUGCCUCUAUGAAGAAAGCUUCAGAUAAACACAAUGAUGAGGGGGAGCUAGCUUUUACUAUAGGCACAGAGGUGAUGAAGUUCCAGGUUCAGAGUUCCAAGUUUUCUGGAAGAGCUAAAAGGAAAAUGUCUUCAGGAAAAUCUCGAACUCGCUGGUCAAGAAAUGGAGGGAGAAAUAUAGAUGCCCUGGAAGCUGAGCUCUCAUCUCUUUCUGAGAAGUGGAUCAAAGAAGUAAUGCAUCUAGGAGAUGAUGGAAGUGUUUCAGACAGAGAAGAAAUUCUGCCUGCAGCUGCUGCAGAAACUGCCAAGCCAACACAGCCGUUAAUACUGCAAGAUAAGCCACUAGUGAAUGGGAUGGAAUCUUCAACAGUGCAAGACACAGUGGGGAAGAUUCCAAAUGAUCAGGGAAUGGUAUCAGUACUACAGGAAAUUGAGGCAGAUCCUGAUAUGACAUUCCUUGGAACAUGGACUGGGAAUGGAGAGGAAAGUGAUGAGAGUGAGGAGGAACGCCGAAAGCUCAUAGUUGGACGCAUCAGUCCUGAGAUGCAGUUUUUUGCAAUGAAGGGUUCUCACAAGAAUAAACAAGGAAGAGGGAAGAAGAAGAAGAAGACAGCUGCUAGUUGUCCUUUUGGAGAAGAGGAGGAGGAUGAAGAUGCUGAGACUGAUGAAGAUAAGAAUGAUGAUGAGCCUGAGGAAGAAAGUGUGAUGAACUUAAAGGUCAAAAAGAGGCAGAAGAACACCUGCAAAGCUAGGAUUGCCACCACACCUAUCACCAUUAAUGACCUUUCAUCUCUCAUUAGUAUUGAUGAUACUCCCAAGGCUGCAGAGAUCCUUGCUGAACUUCAAGAUGCUCUUGGAAGUGAUUUGGGAUAUCGGCUUGAGAAGAAAGUGGUUACUCCUGACAUGAGACAAGGAAUCUUUCCUGGACCAUCUCGCAGAAAUAAGAAACUCAAGUUCAAGGUGAUUCAAACAACAGAGGAUAUAGACUUCCGCAAUAAACAAAUUGCAGAAAACAGAAACAAAGAUUGCGAGGAUCCUACAGAAAUUCUUCACUUCUUGCGCUAUAUUAAAGAGGUUCAGGCUGAUGCCCAAGGAGUCAGCAGAUGUGAAUCUGAGAAGAAUGUCAAGAUGAAUAGCAUAAUGACUAUUUUUGUGGAAGGUGGGAAGUCAUUCCGGCAUCAGUUUGUUCUCUUCCGACAUUUGGCCAUUCAUUUUCAUGAUCGUCACUUCACUUGUGAACACUGUGGUCGUUCCUUCAAGCAGGGACCCUGUGUCAUAGUUGAUGAGAUCAAAACCAAGAAUGUGCAAGAGAUCUUAGCUAGAAAGGAGACACCAUUUGCACUCUUGAAACCACUGGAAGGAAUGCCUGUCCUUUGCAAGGUUAUCCCAUACUCUGAUGGCCGACAAAUGCUGAUGCCAGCAACAGCUGAAGAGCUGAAAUCAUCUGGAAAGGUGAUUUCUCCUGUUCCUGAUGCUGACUGUGUGGGAAAGGGAAUCCCCAUUCAAAUCCAGGUUCCAGUGGUGGCUCAUGUGGUACAGGAAGUUCGUGAUGGAUCCCUCCUUACUCGUGUAGUGCCACCCCCAUGUGGUCAAAAGGAUGACUCCCAAUAUAUAAAGGAGCAUCCUGAUGGCAGCUAUGAGGUUUUGGGCCAUGAAGAAGCCCUCAAGCUUGUCCAGCAAGAUCAAAGCAUGCUUCCCAACACAUCUUAUGUCCAACAGGUAGUGUGUCUCUGA